AGUCGGUACAAAAUCAAAGAUGGCUUCUUCCCAGGGAAGACACGCAAAGAUGAAAAUCGUAAUUGACUGUGAUGCCGGUAUUGACGAUGCCCAAGCUAUCAUGAUCGCGCUCUCUCAUGAAGUGGAUGUCUUAGCUAUCACUUGUACAUUUGGAAAUGUAGACGUUGAUCAAGUUUCCAAGAAUGUCCUCAAGAUACUUGACGUUUGCGUGCGAACAGACAUACCCGUGUACAAAGGCGCCCAUCAGGCCAUGCUAGGAAACACCUUUGAGAAACCAAGCUAUCAUGGUUUAGAUGGACUGGGGGAUGCACUUGAUCAUAAGGACCCAGAUAUGCACCUUCUCAAAGAAACUCAUGCUGCUCAGGCCUUAGCCCAACUUGUGAAAGAAAACCCUGGUGAGAUUGUCAUCAUAGCACUUGGCCCAUUGACCAACAUUGCCUUAGCUACUCAUCUGGAUGCCGAGUUUACAACUAAAGUGAAGGAGAUCUUCCUAAUGGGAGGCUGCAUCCAUGGAAAAGGAAAUCACUGGGUUUCAGCUGAGUUCAAUUUUGGUGCUGACCCUGAGGCAGCUUAUGUAGUGCUCAAUCAGUUUACCAAUCACCCUGUUUCCAUUGUGUCCUGGGAGACGUGCUUGGAACAUGAACUGACUUGGGAGUUUUUUGAUGGUUAUGUCGGAGCUGGCACCAAACAAGCAGAAUUCAUGAAGAAGAUUACAUCAAAUAUUAAAGAAUAUGAAGCCAAAAUGAAUGGUCCAUUUAUAACCUGUGAUCCCUAUGCAGUUUGCGCAGCAAUACAGCCUUGCAUUGUUCUGGAAGAAACAUCUGUCCAUGCAACAAUGGAACUCAAAGAGGGCCUCACACGUGGACAGAUGGUUAUCGAUUGGAGAGGUCUUCUAAAGAAGCCAGCUAAUGUGCGAUUAAUCACAAAAAUUGAUCUUGAUCUGUUCAUGGAAAUGAUGCAACACUCUGUUAAAUAAUCUGGACAAGAACUGUUUAGCCCUUGAGUCCUAUGCCCCACUCAGUGAAAUUGACCUUACUCAAGACAAAUUGACCAUUUUACAGUUGUCUGCUUGGUGACCUGGCCUUUCAAUGGCAGCAAGGCUGGAGGUGACCUUGCUUUGAU